GCGCGCUUCUCUCUUGGCUUUUCCAUUGUGUGUAUUACCUUUCGCUCAGUCUUCAUUCUCAAGUCGAUCGCGCCAGAUCGCUGCGACGAUCCGGCAUUGCUUGGUCAGUAGUUCCAAACACACCCUGAAAGUGACCCUAUAUAAUAUACAUAUAUAAUUGUAUAUAGUGAAAAGUUACUCUUCGCUGUAAAUUAUCUUAUUGUGUUAGAUCACAUUUGCAUUUUAAACAAUUUAUCAUAGCACUUGGCAAUUAUCGUGUUAAGAGUUUAGUUGAGCAAAAUUGGAAAAUACAAGAGAAAAAUUCUUCCACUAUUUUAUGCUUAAUUCCACUUGACACGCAUACACUCAAUGCACGAUCAUUCACAAAAAAAAAUUCUUCAAUGCCCCAGAAAUAUUCUCACACUGGUUAUUCACAUUGAAAUUGAGUGUUUUACAAAUUUAUCGUACGGCGAGCUGCGUGCAAUUGAAAACGUGCAUUUUACAAUCCUCGCGGAGUGAAUCAAUUGAGCCUCCUCUUCCAUCUACUAAACUAAUCUUCCAUUCGUGCUAUGAACUUGAACGUGAGAUAAGAUGUACACAACUUCAAUUGAAUCAUCCUAAUCACACCAGAGUGUCUUCUUUAGCAAUAUCACGCCGUCAAUAGGAGCAUAAAAAUUGUAUCACACACUCAAUGUGUCUUUAUGUGUAACAGUGGCAUUUCUCCUUUUUUUUCUUUCUUCUUUUUGAAUUUAAUCUUUCAACAGCCUCAUAACAAGAUAUACUUUAUCAUGAUAAAUAUGAUCUUUAAUGAUACUAAAGCGUGACACUAUAAGAUAGAGAACAAGACGCAAAACGUCUUAGGAACUUCCUUCUAUCUAUGUAAAAUAAAGUGGCAAUUAAGUGUUUUUAUAAAUAACAUUUAAUUCUUUUUCGUGAAUUUUUUGAGAAAUUUUAAUCCAUCAAUUAGAUUUUAAUUCAAAUCGCAAUAAAUUUACUCUUAAAAGUAAUAUUAAAAAAAAAGUGAACGGCGUGUCGCCAAGAUAUGCUAUAAGAUUUGUAAGACAGAGUGUAAAUAAAAACAUUUAAAAUAUGGAAAUAGCAGAAACGAGUUUAAAUGGAAGGAGUACUGAUAAAAGAGAUCCUGAGGAUCCUAUAAAUCCAAAGAAGGAUGACAAUGACGGAGCUGACAAUGUCGCUGCGGAAGCUCCAAAUUCCCACGCUAUGUCCUACCUUGAAACCAUUGUUCACGUCUUCAAGGGCAACAUUGGGCCGGGUCUCUUUGCCAUGGGGGAUGCUAUGAAAAAUGCCGGCCUCAUCCUUGGACCCAUUCUUACCAUUAUAAUUGGUAUUGUCUGUGUCCAUUGCCAGCAUAUCCUACUGCAGUGCUCCAAGAAGAUGCGGACGAAAACAAAUUCCGACGAAUAUCCGGAUUUUGCAAGAACCGUUGAGCUUUGCUUCGAAAAUGGACCACCACGAUUGAGGCAAUGGUCCAGGACGAUGAGGAUCAUUGUGAAUGUCUUCCUCUGCGUAACACAGCUUGGAUUCUGUUGUGUCUACUUUGUCUUUGUCAGCACAAAUCUUCAGCAGAUUUGGACUGAAUAUGGAAUUAUUAUAAAUGAUUAUUUGAAUUAUUUAAUCAUUUGUAUACCAAUCCUCCUCACCAGUCUCAUUACAAAUCUCAAAUUUCUCGCACCAUGCUCCGUGAUUGCAAGUGCCUGCAUGCUCAUUGGCACAGGGAUCACUCUCUACUUCUCUGUGGAUAAUCUCCCGAGCCCCUCUGAAAGGAACUUUGUGUCAACUUGGGAACAACUACCACUGUUCUUUGGUACAACAUUGUUUGCCUUUGAGGGAAUUAGCCUUGUUCUUCCGCUGCAGAAUGCCAUGAAGGUUCCGAGGAAUUUUCAUCGUCCUGCCGGGGUGCUCAACGUUGGAAUGGUCUUCGUGACGUUCCUCUUCACUGGACUGGGAUUUCUGGGCUACCUCAAAUAUGGCGAACACGUUGAAGGGAGCUUAACACUGAAUCUCCCAAAGGAUAUUCCUCUGGCACAAUCUGUUAAGCUUCUCAUCUCUCUCGGAGUACUCCUGGGGUAUGCUCUGCAAUUCUUCAUUGCCAUACAGAUAAUGUGGCCGGGGAUUCAAGGAAAAUUCGGACCACGGAAUUAUCCUUUAGUUGGCGAGUUUAUAUUCAGGACCUUCAUGGUUUUAGUAACACUUGCAAUUGCAAUGACUGUGCCAAAAUUGAGUCUCUUCAUUUCCCUCAAUGGAGCUCUGUGUUCAACGGCUCUAGCAUUGGUUUUCCCACCGUUCAUUGAGUUGGUUGUCAACUGGGAAGGCAGCAAAGGACCUGGAGCUACGAAAUUGCUGAAAAAUGUCUGCAUAAUGGUGAUAGCACUACUUGGUUUUGUUACAGGAAGUUACGAGAGCUUAGCGCAAAUUAUUCGAGCUUUUUCUCAGCCAACACCAUGAUGUUUAAAAUAAAGAACAGAAUUUUAUUGAAUUUUCUAAAUCGUA